AUGGUCAAAUCAACCAUCGCAGCAGCAGCAACCGCUGCCCUCUUCCUCAUCACGGCCGUGUCUGCCUUUCCUCCCCCGGGCGGACCAGGAAGACAUCUUCAUGGCGUUAACCCCGGCCCCGGCCUCCAUCCCGGCCCCAAGUCUAAGCCUGUCCCUGAUGCUACCGGCAUCCCUGCAGCUUGCCCUAACCCCAUCAUCCGCAAAGAAUGGAGAAGCCUAAGCGCAACCGAACAAACUAAAUACAUCUCCGCCGUCAAGUGUCUCAUUAACCUGCCUUCCAUCGCCACCAGCGUCGGCGGCGCCUUGAACCGCUUCGACGAUUUCCAGGGCGUGCACUCUAUGCAGACGCCUGAUAUUCACUUUGUAGGCCACUUCCUCCACUGGCACCGAUACAUGGUGCACCUCUACGAGACCACCCUGCGCUCCUCCUGCUCCUACAAGGGAGCCCAGCCCUACUGGGAUUGGUUCAUCGACAUCGACUCUUCUUUAGAAAUGGACCAAUGGUCCAUCUUCGCCCUUCCCACUCCUGAGACCGGCUUCGGCGGAAACGGCCUCUUCAUCCCCUCGGAGUCCUUAACUCCCGAACAAAACCCAUUUAACCUCACUGGCCGCACUGGUGGCGGGUGCGUGCAAACGGGAGCGUUUACUCAGGAAAAUGGGUUCAAGGUGAAUCUGAACAAGACUGACCCCCAAAGGACUGACCCAAAAUGUUUGACGAGGGAUUUCAUGGAGGGGAUUGCGAGGGGAUUGUUGAAGCAUGAGGUUGUGGAUGAACUCAUGGUGAAGACGGAUUUUGAGGGAUUUGCGAGACGGAUGGAGGGCGAGCCGAGUUUUGAUUACCCGAAUGUGCAUGGGGGUGGACAUUAUGGUGUUGGAGGCGUCUUGGGGACGUUGGGGGAUGCUUAUAAUAGUCCUGGUGACCCCCUCUUCUACCUUCAUCACGCCAACGUCGAUCGGCUCUGGACGCUCUGGCAGCUGCAAAACCCGGAGUAUGUCAUGUCGGUCGGUGGACCUAUUGCUCCCUUCGAUUAUGAGGGUGCGCAGGUCGAUCUGGACUUUGAGGUCAACUUGGCUGAGCUAGGGCCCAGCAGGAAGCUUGCGGAGUUGCAGUAUACAAGGGGCCCAUUGAUGUGCUAUAUGUAUGAUCAUUAA